GUAUUUUUAUUUAAUUUUAAAAAAUCUUUGAAUUAUUCAAUAAUUAAAGAUUAAAAUAGGUGUGAAUAUUCGAUAUGCAACAAAUUCAUUCAUAUUAGUUUACCAUAUUAGCAUAGAAAAAGCGGCACUUCAUCAUAAAAAUAUAAUUCUCACAAAUUAUGCAACCGAGAUUAAUGUAUACUGCAACAUUUAUGCUGAUCUUUAAUCUCCGAACUAUUUUAGCAUGGAACGUUCAACCGGUUCAGCAAAGAGAGCCUCCAAAAAUUUAUGAGCCCUUAGUGUUGUCGCCUAGUGAAAGGGUAACCUAUAUAGGCGAAACGAUUAAAUUACCCUGCGUCGUACAUUGGAAAUCAUAUGCUCACGGCCCCGUUAUAUAUCAGUGGACUAAGGAUGGAGAGGAAAUCAAUAAUGUCGCCUGGACUGGUCAUAAGAUAGUCAAAAUGUUCGUGAAUUAUAACACCCAGACCCAAAACCUAACAGAAAAUAAGUCGGAAAUCUUUGAAGAACGUGAAUUUCUAUUUGGAAAUACCAAUGUAAAUUUAGAUACAGAAGGCCCCGCCCUCAUAUUGGAAAUAAACUAUUUGAAAAUUAAACAGACGUAUACUUCAGAUAGCGGAAUAUAUGUGUGUAAGGUACUCAACGGAUUUGGAAACAUUCGUAUAAACUACAAUCUAGUUGUCAUAGACACGCACAUAGCAAAAAAUAACUCUGGAAUUGUAAAAUUUCAAUCUACAAUUGACGCAUUUUCUAACACAUUGCCAGGAAGAAACCCAAAAUUUUUGGGUAAUUUGACGACUCAAAUAAAAUCUAAUCAAAUUAACGGGCCUCAAGUUUAUAUGGAUCACAAUGUGGAUGUCAUAAUUAAGCAUAUAAGUAACGAUGUUACCCUUAAAUGUCCAUCCACCGAUGGUUUUCCCCAACCCAUAUUAACUUGGUAUAAGAAUGGUAAGCAAAUGUGGCGAGAUACUUCUGACGCUGAUGGAAGAGCAUUACCAACUGAUACGGAAAAAUAUUUGGAUCUGUAUAAUCUCAAUGUGCAAGAUGAAGGUUUCUACACUUGUAAGGUUUACAAUCCGUUCGGGGCUAUCAACAAGACCUUCUUCUUGGAGAUAGUGGAGCAAAUAAAAGGGCCAAAAUUAGUUGGCGAGUUUCCAAUCAAUAUGACAAUUAUAGAAGGACAGGACGCUAUAUUAAAAUGCGACAUAGUUAGCGAACUUAAACCUCACAUACAAUGGCUCAAAAGGAUUGAAGAUAACAAUAUUAUCGAUAAAACUAAUUUAAAUACGUAUGAGACUUCUACGUCUGAAUAUAUAAAUAAUAAAAUGAACAUGAUGGACACUGCUAAAAUUUCUAAAAUUGAACCGAAAAGGCCUAUUGUAAUAAAUUUGGAUUCAUACAGAUAUCAAGUUUUACCCUGGGAUAGUAGUACCAAAGGUUGGAAUGGACCUAAUGGUAGGUAUUAUAGCCAUCUUAAAAUUUCGGAUAUGAAUAAAAUCCGAGCGGGAUUUUAUGUUUGUAUGGCUACUAAUGCGAUAGGUUAUGACUACAGGGGCAGCUAUUUGGACGUUACAUCUAUAAAUUAUAAGGACUCAUAUGGAGAAAAUCCUUUCUUCAAUUUUACCAUUAAUGAUAGAAGCGUGACAUUAAAUUUAGACGAUGAUAGAAAGGAAGAAAAGCCAACCUUAAACAGCAUUGCCACCCUUUCGGGCUCGGCACUUAUAGCAGUGCCUAUAUUGUCCUUAGCUCUAAUAGUUUUAGCCGUGAUUACAACGCGAUCAUUCUUUCUAAAUGGAAAACGAAAAGAUAUCACUACGCAUUCUAAUGUUAUAAGAGACAGCGACGAAAAGUUUUGCGAUAGAAAUAAUAUAAAUGAUAAUAGAAAUUGUCAUAAUAAUGAAUGGAGUUUAAAUGAUUUGAUGACAGGGAAAAAAAUAUGUUUAAAUGAUACGCAGAGGUACAUGGAAGUUAAUAGCGUAGUGAGUAAAGAUACUAGGCAAACAAAGAGGAAGGAUCACGCGAAGAAUAAAUACGAUAUUAUAUACGACGAACCUUCGUCAGCAUCCGCUGAUACAAGUAAAGGCAUUUUUAAUUUGAUAAAAUAUAUGUUAGAAUGUAGUUGGUGUAUCAAAUCUACUAAUUCAUUAAAAAAAGCAGCUAGCCCAAUACCUGGAAUUAAGGAAUAUAAGAAUGACAUAUCUAAUUACGAAUGCAAUGAAAAUAUUAGAAACUCAGAUAAUCAAACCAAUCUUAAUAAUACAAAUAUUACUAGUUUAGUUCAUAGUCAUAACACACAACUUCAAUUAAAUUCAUUCAAUUAUACCUCGAAUAGUAGCACAAACAUUAAAAAGGAUAUUUCAUUCCAGCAAAAUUGCCACGAUAAUAAAUUUAAAACUAACAGAGAAAAUACUAAAAAGCAUAAUAUUAAGCUUGACUCCCAUUUUACCUCUAAUCAUAAAGAUAGAAGCUGCUCAAAACAAAUUGAUGAUUAUCAGAACACAUUUAACCCACCAACAAUUUAUUGCCAGGGUUGUUACAAAACUAUGAUAAACCCUUCUUACCCAAGCGAGUCCGAACAUCAGAGCUCUAUACCAAAUAAGAUUAAAAUUAAUGAAAAUCAUAUUACCGAGUCCGACGAUAUCUCUCGUUACGGAACCAAGCAUUAUCAUGGAAUAAACAAAGCCUUACGGAGUGAUUCAGAACCAACUUCUAUCACGGAUACGAGUGGGAGUUUGAUGUCCAAUUCUGCUGUUGAUUAUUACGAAUCUUACGCCAAGGAUUACAAUCCUAGCGAAUGUCUAACAUCCGAUCAUGAUAGGUCAAUAUUUCUGAAUCGAAACCCGCUAUUUCAGUUACCCCCUUAUCCCAAGGAGAUUUUAGAAGAGAGUGAUCGUGGUGGAAUGGAUAAAGUGAAUUGGCGAGUUGUACCGAGUGCAGGACCAAGUAGUUGCGUUUUUUCCUGUGAUUCUCGCGGAUCUACUCAUAAGUCAGACAAUAUUAUAGUGGAUUUGAUCGCCGCAGAAGGCAUUAAAAGCAGGUUAAAUAAUUCUUUGGCCGAAGAUUACCGAUCACGUUUACAAAUGCCAUCUGAUCAAUCACUGAACACCAAUAUGUCGAUAAAUCAUCAAACUACAAAUAAAUCGAUACAAAAACCACAAAUGCUAAAACCCAGGCCUCCACUUCCAGACAGCUCAUUUAAUGUGAAAACGUGUCAUAGUGUAAAUUCUAACAAUUACGAAGAGAUAAAUAUCUGUAAAAACAAGAUUAACAAACGACCUUCCUACGGGAGAAGUUAUAACGACUCACAUUACAGCAAACAAAACAAGAAGCCCAAUCAACAUCUCAACUUGACCUGUCCAAAUAAUCGCGAAAUUCUUUCCGCCGAGAUAAAAGAUGACGAUUCUUAUAUUAUAUAUUCCCUUUAAGGGAUAUUUUUAUAUAAAAUAAAUCAAUUCAUAAAAUGAAUUUUUAUCAUUUAAAUUAAUGUUGA